AUGGUGCUACGGAAGCUUCUCUGGGGUCCAAGAUAUUUUGAUUCCCCAGAAAGCAGUUGGGGGAUGUGCUACAAUUGUGAUGAAGAUGAUCACACAGCAGCAAACUGUACUAUGAGAAAACGGAAGAAACCAUGCUAUAUAUGUGGUGGUUUUGAGCACAAUGCAAAGCGCUGCAAGCAGUAUAGACUACAUAUCUACAAUCGAAAAGGUUGUCUUACUAAAGUUUGUCCAGAGAAAGAUGCAGCAAAUGAUCAAAGUUUAGAUAUCUGUUUAAGAUGUGGCGAUUCAGGACACAAUAUGUUCUCAUGCAGCAAUGAGUACAGUUUUGAUGAUCUCAGGUGGACGGUGGAGGAGAGUUUACUAGAAAUAAUGUUGUUAAUACUUGUGUAUCUUGAAGGAUUAAAGCCAAAUAUGGCUAUGUUUUGUUUGUUAUUCUUGAAUUCUUUGAUUCUU